CAAAUCAUAAACCGGAGUCUCAUCUCACGAAUCUCCACAACCAUCCAACGGUGAAUAACACUCUUUCAUCGCUGCCCACUCUGUUUCUCUUCUCAUCGAACUCCAAUCUUUCUCUUCUCCGGUGAGCCCUCUUGCGCCGGUGCCGUCGACCACCUCCUCAGAAAGUAUGGCAUCCAACAGGGGUCAAGGUGGAAUUCAACAAUUGCUGACUGCAGAGCAAGAAGCUCAACACAUUGUCAAUGCUGCCAGAAGUGCAAAAAUGGCUAGACUGAAACAAGCCAAAGAUGAGGCUGAAAGGGAGAUUGCUGAAUCCCGUUCCCAAGUGGAACUUCAGUUCCAGAAGAAAGUUGCAGCGAGCAGUGGAGAUUCAGGGGCUAAUGUGAAGCGUCUCGAACAUGAAACUGAGCACAAGAUCGAUCACCUCUCUUCCGAGGCCUCAAGGAUUUCAAGUGAUGUUGUGCAAAUGCUUCUGAAGCAGGUGACAACAGUGAAAGUUUAAUCCCAUUGAUGGGAGAAUGGUGAUUUCAGAGUCUUGCAAGUAUUGUAUUCUUUUGGCUGAUUCAUCCGGGUCCUUAGACUUGUGGCAUUGCAGUUAGUUGCUAUCCGAAUAUCGGUUAUUAGUAUGUUGUGGAGCACUUUGAUCGGCAAAUAAGCUUUAUAAUAUGUAUCAUGUUCAUAAAACAAUAAUGUUACGAAAAUUGUUUGGCCAAUUGAGUUGAACUUGGUACUAGUUGCAUCCUGUUUUAGUCAUUGAAGUAGGGCUUCAUUUGGGCCAAUUCUUGUAACACAUCAUCAAGAUUUUUCUGGGAGUGAAAUGCAAUAUUGACAAUUGUUUAUGUA